CCAUAUUAAAAGCAGACGGAGUUCAGCUGGAGCGAGUUUUCCCUCAUCGCGAGGAGUUGGAUUAAGUUUCUUCAUGCAACUUUUUUGGAAAGAAACCAAGACCAUCUCGCUGGGAAACAACAAGAAACUUAACGGUGACACCGUGCGCUCCCUGAUCACUGCAGGUGCCGCCUUCUCCUUCAGUCCCUCCGGGGAGAUGUACCAAGGGUUUCCCGGCGACCCCGACAGCGGAUCCCGUGGAAGCUCGUCUCCCUCCAUAGAGUCCCAGUACCUAUCCUCCGUGGACUCCUUCGGGAGCCCGCCCACCACCAGUGCUCCGCAGGAGUGUGUUUCAGCGGGUGCUGGCUUGAGCAUUGUGGGCAGCGGGCCAGGAAGCAGUGUCGGAGGUGAGAUGCCAGGUUCAUUUGUGCCCACCGUCACCGCCAUAACUACCAGUCAGGACCUGCAGUGGAUGGUGCAGCCAACCCUCAUCUCCUCCCAGGCCUCCGGGCAGAGUAGCUCCACUGGCACCUCGACCAUGACCCAGCCAGUGUCUCUGGUGGACCCGUACGACAUGCCGGGCCCCAGCUACUCCUCGGGGUCCUGUUUCACCCCUCCCAGUUCAGAAACCCCAGUGCCGGCGCCGGGUCCCAUCCGGCAGUCCAGACCCCGCAGCCGCCGUGCACGAGACGAGUCUGUGAGUGAAGAUGGAGAUGUUGGUGUGUUACUAACACCUGAGGAGGAGGAGAAGAGGCGCGUUCGCCGAGAGAGAAACAAGCUGGCUGCUGCCAAAUGCAGAAACCGCAGACGGGAACUGACAGACAGGCUGCAAUCGGAAACUGACGUACUUGAGGAGGAGAAGGCGGAGCUGGAGGCCGAGAUCUCCGAACUGCAGAAGGAGAAAGAGCGUCUGGAGUUUGUACUGGUGGCCCACCAGCCAAACUGCAAGAUCCCGUACCAGGAGCAGGCUCAGCAGGCCUCAGUGCAGUCCCAGCUCGCUCCUCAGAGCCUGCCACCUCCCGUCUCCAUUGUGGGCUUGACUGUGAAGGAGGACUCUUUCUAUCUCCCUCCUGCCUACUCUGCUCACCCGGCCCCCACACAGCCCCAGCCUCCGUUGCAGCAUCAGCAAGUCCAGCAGCAGCAGCAGCAGCCUCAAGCAGGGAUGAUGCAGGAGGUAGAGUUUUCUAGUUCUUUCUACGGCUCAGCUGAGCCAGCACCUGGUGGGCCAUGCCUUAUGGCCAGUGACAGUGGUGGUGGUGGUGUUAACCAUGACGAUGCCGCCAUUGGCAGUUACAACACCUCAUACACAUCUUCAUUUGUGUUCACCUACCCAGAGGGAGCCUGCGGGGUCAGUGCCAACCAGCGGAACAGCAGUAGCGAGCAGUCAUCCGAUUCCCUGAACUCGCCUUCGCUGCUGGCGCUCUGACUGACCGACAGACACAUGCAUGCACAGAUUACCACUCACACGCCCAAUGCUCACUGGACACAGAGGCUGACACGAGUACACGCACAGUGCCAAUCAGUCUCCCAGAUUGAGGAAAAACAAAGUGCCAAUCAUUUGAACUUGAUUGGGUGACAGUUUGCACGUCCUGAAAUAUAUUCCUAUCGAGAGCCAUAGAAAAAAAUGAAAUAAAUAAAUUGCACAUCAGAUCGAGCCUUUAACAUUUGAGCUACAGCAAAGAAUACAUUCUUGUUUUGUAUUUAGUCGAAUAGUUGUAACAGGGCACGAUUAAUGCCUUUCUAAAACAAAAAAGAAAAAAAAAGUGCAUUACGAAAACCUGCAGAGCCUCUUCAAACCUCUUUAACUUUUCCACAUUUUGUCACAUUAAACCGCAAACUUCAAAGCGUUUCAUUGGGCCUUUAUGUGACGGUCCAGCAGAGAGUAGCCGAUACUUGCUAAUUGAAAGGAAACGGAUUUCUCACAGAUAAAGUUCAAAGAAGGAACGUGCAUUUAUAAGACAAUCCUUUGGUGGUGUUGGUGUCAUUUGGUUUACGUCUCUGACAUCCUUGUGCAUCUGGAGACUGUAAUUGUUGUCCAUUGUUCCUUUCAAAAUAGCUCAAACUCAGACAUAUUGACUGGAGAGCAUCAGUGAACACCAAUUUUCAGCACCUGUCAUGGAUUUUGAACUGGACCUGGGUCCAAACUUUAACGAAUCCAUCGUAAAGCAGACGCAUCGGUUGAUCUAAACUCUUCCAUUAAAUCUUUGCUUGUACGUUUGAAGUUAUUGAGCUGCUGGAAGGCGAACCUCCACCUCAGAUUUAAGGUCUAUCUCCAGGGUUUAUCCUCCAAGGUUGUUCUGUGUUUAUCUCCGUCCAUCUGCCAGCCAACUCCGACCGCACACUUGCUUGUGCCCCUUUACACGGCUUGUUGAAAAUUGCGAAGGGUUCUUCUAUUGGCUCUCUUUCAACAAUUCAUCAAUCUUGCAAUUUUUCUAUAGGAGCCAUGACUUGUGGGACUGACCACCAGUUGAUGUUUAGUAAACGUCAACCCGAGCUGUGGAUCUCUAAAGCUCCCCCAGAGAUACCACGGGCCUCUUGGCUGCUUUUGGAUAUAAAGUGACAAAGUGUGGAAAAUUCAAGGCGUAUGAAAGCCUUUUGCAAGGGACUGCUCGUUACCAGUCUAAAGUGCUCUGAUUUAAAGAACUGAUUCACAAUGAAUUUUUCUUAUUAAAAUACUCUCAUUGAGUAAAAUAGAUGUUAUUGCUGCACCCCAACACACACCAGUGCCCCCACCUUGUUCCCUCUGUCGGUUGCCCUUCUGCUAGUGCUCUUGCUUUCAUUCUUGUUCAUUAUCUUUUUUUUUUUUUUCCUCGUCCUCCCUGUUGUUGAAUGUAUUUGUGCAGAUCUGAAAUAAAGGACCAAGGACAAUUUGUUCGGGGUCUUUUCUUGUGGAAGACAGACACAGCUCGCUCACCCGUAACCUUCCAUCUGCUCGGCUGCUCUAUAUGCUUCUUCAUUUGCUGCUUGGACUUGGCGAGUUGAGGAUCUGAGUAUCACAGCUUCCUCUAAAUCUUGUGCUUUUUGUUUAAAAAAAAAAAAAAAAAAA